AUGGCAAACUACGGGUUCUUCAGGUUUCUGCUCUCGUGCAAUAUAACGUUAAUUCUGUUCGGAGCGUCCUCGGGCACGGUCUGCCCGGAGCGCUGUGACUGUCAACAAACGCAGCACCUUCUUUGCGCCAACCGCGGUCUGCAGUCCGUGCCCAAAGGCUCUCCAGCAGAGAUCGCGGAGGGUGUGCGGGUAUUUGGCCUUGCUGGCAACUUUAUCCAUAACAUCAGCGCGUUCGAUUUUGCCCGAUAUGGCAACCUAAUGAGACUAAAUUUACAGUUUAAUCAAAUACAGACCAUUCACCCUCAAGCCUUCGAGAAACUCUCCAAGCUAGAGGAACUGUAUUUGGGCAACAACUUGAUAUCAACAAUACAACCAGGAACUUUACAGACCUUGAAAAAACUCACAGUAUUAUACAUCAACAGCAAUCACUUCAAAGACUUGACUCCAGCGUCAUUUAGUAACUUAGGAAGUGUAACCAAGCUUCGACUUGACGGCAAUUCUAUUGAAACAUUAAACGAGUCCGUUCUUAAGAGCUUUUCGACUUUAAUGUUUCUACACUUGGAAUCCAACCAGCUUCACCAUAUUCACCGGGGCGCAUUUUCUGGUCUCACAAAACUUCGAUUCCUGAACUUGUCGGACAAUAAGCAGACGGAGCUGCGAGAUAUUUUUACGUUCUCCCAUCUGAGGUCAUUAAUAACAUUACUGCUUUCAGGGAAUCAAAUACGACAUGUCGGAAAUCACGUCUUUCAGAACUUGAAAAAACUCUCUAAAUUGUCUCUUAGCAAUAACAGAAUCUCUGUAGUGGACAGUGACGCUCUGAAGGGACUGUCUCGCGUCAGAGAAUUUAUGAUUAACGGCAAUGAGUUGGCAGAAAUCCCUGCCGGUCUUCUGGACCCGCUCGAGCGCAUCGAGCAACUUGACUUCAGCGACAACAGGAUCUCGCGCGUGGCCUCCACAGCAUUCGAGAAACUUGCCCAUCUGAAAGUCUUGAAUCUGAAAAACAAUCGGCUCACGAGUCUGUCCGGUGGCGUUUUCGGCGCAAACGGCGUUCUUUUCAACUUAGACCUGAGCGGUAAUAACUGGACAUGCGACUGCCGAAUGGAGAAGCUGAAAGCUUGGAUGACCGAGGUGCAUUCUCAAGGGAAACUAUUGACCGUUUUUGUGCGAUGUCAUCACCCCGCAUCGCUGGAGGGAAAAUAUCUGGACUAUGUAAAUAAUUCCCAGCUGGUGUCUCAGGGGAACCACAGCCUCUCUUGCGUGUCUGCACAUAGGGGCCAGCCAAUGGAGAGUCGCGGAGGAACAGUGCUGGAAAAUCCAGUUCCAAGGAGGGAGAGUGACAUGAAAAGAGGAGAGAGGGAGAGAACAGUAUGGGUUCAGGGUGACGAGGGCAAACGAGAGGACGGAGGCAAAUUGCCAGCAGAGAAGAAGAAGCAGAGGAAGGCCGUCAGCGGGAGGUCGCAUCCCACCCUGAGGGGUCAUCAGGGGCACAGGAAAGGACCUCUCACCAAUACCACUGAACUGAGCGUGGAGACGACAGCCAGCGCAACUGAGCCAAACUCCUCGAGCCACGAUGACGAGGGAGGAGUCCCGUCCUCCCAGGCCCCUGAGCCUGCCUUUCAGGAGCGUUUUGACCUAUUACUGCAGGAAAGGGUGAGAUACCACGAGGGAAUGACAGACGCCUGCCGGUUUAACCGUCAGUCUAUUCUCAAUGUGAGCGUGGACCAUGCGACUGCACACACAGCCACCGUUCACUGGAGCACGGCUCCUGACAGCGGUGCUGAUGUUAAGGGAGAGUUAAUGUUUCGUGUUCUGUUCGACCGGUUCGGACACACGCCUCGCUUCCCACGCUACGUUUAUACUGAGGGCUCAGCCCGAUCAGUGGCGCUUCACGAGCUCCGUGCAGAUUCCACAUACAUGGCCUGCGUGGAGAGUGCUGUGGGUGGGGUCCUGUGUCAGGUCGCGCCCCGUGAUCACUGUGUCGGAUUUGUCACGCUGUCGGGAUCGGAACAUGCCGGGUCAAACUUGCAGCUCGUCACCGUGUCAGCGCUGGUGAUCAAUGCUUUGCUCCUUCUCCUGAUUGGUGGGGCCUGGCUAGGGCGUGUCCUCAAACGACGAAUCAAAAGCAGGAAGUCAGCAGUGCAUGGGCAUGUGCGUCACAUUUACUCGACGCGGCGCCCGCUCCGCACUACCAUGGCAACCACCUGUGCCACCGCCGAGUUCAGCGGCUACCAGAGCAGUCGGCCGCUGGCUGAGGUCGGUGACCUCAUCCAGUUUCCCAGUGACCGUUUCUUUGAUGGUGGCUCCACCCGCAGGGAGGGGGAUGUCAUGAUGCCCAGGUUCUCGAACUAGACCAACCAGGCCUGUGUGUGUCAGUGUGUGACUAGACCAACCAGGCCUAG